AAAACACCAAUAUGAAGCGAAUUCGACCAAGCAGGUAUCAGCAACAAAAAAUUAAGAAGGCAAGAGAAAAGUCAGCAGAGGCGAUGUCUGGAUCAAUUUUAAAAUAUGUUGCACAUUCAACAUCUACCGCAGUAGGAGAAUGUGCUGAAGACAUUCAGCCUGGUGAAUCCAGAGGUGAAAUGCCUGAAGUAUCUUCUCAAGAAGCUUUAUAUGUGAAAGCACAAGAAUUGGAGAAAAUUAUUUUAUCUUCAAGCGGUGAAAGUGAUGUAGACGAAGGAGAUGCCAGUAGAAGCCUGCAUCAGCAAGACUCUGAUGAUGAUGAAGAAGAGGAGACUGUUCAACUGUCAGUUUAUUCUAUUGUUUCUGUUUGGCCAGUUCCAGUUCCAGAUGUUUUAAGAGUGGACUUUAUUAAGAGAUUAAGAGAUGGACCAGUCAUGUUGAAAGGCAAGGAGCGGAAUCAAAAGGAAAGAGACGACAGCUGA